CAUGUUUCUUGCAUGGAUGUCACUGGCUCGGACGACCAGAACAGCACGGGCUGCUAUGGGCGCAGUCGCCUCUUCUUACCCCUGGAGAUGAUGUUGAGGACGGGUGGCGUGAAAGGCGCCAACAUCUACGAACAGCUGCUGGAGCUUGCCCAGGUGCGCUUGGCCCCGGGCCUUGGCCUCGCAGAGAAGACGCCCAUCACGACUCAUCGCUGGAGGGACUUCCUCCAGGAGCUCCACUCGCGCGGCCGCAUGUCCUGCGCGCCGGCCGCGGCGCUGCUCUUCAUUUUGCGCGCGGAGCUGCUGUGGACGUCGCUGCUGGCGGACGACAUCGCCACCUGCCGCCAGCUCCGGACCGCGGCCGCGCAGGCAGAGGCGCAGGCGCCGCUGGAGGAGUAUCCAAGUCUCCGAGCAGCGGCAGAUGCCGUGAUGCAAAGCGAUGGCUGGCAGCCGUGGCGCGAGGCCCUGCGGGUGGGGGAGCAGAUGGCCCGUGGAGCCUUCGAGGUGAUGAGCCGCUGGCGGUGGCGCUGUGGGCACCUAACCGACCGCUCACAGGUGGCGCUCGCAUGCUGGCAGCCCUUCCUUGGGCCUGUGCCAGGCGAGCAACACGCCUGCGUGGCGGGGCUCAGCCCGCUUGGCCGCGCUUCCCCCGGCUCCUUCUACCACUUCACUCGGGGACUGCUGGUGGAGGCCUUCCGCAUCCUCCGGUCCCGGUUCGGCAGCUUCCGCCUGCGCCUCGCGCUGGGCGACCUGACAUAUCCUUGCGACCAUCGACACAACUUUAUGGAUUUCUUCGGGGCUUUCCUGGACCACCCGGUCACUGUAGACCCAGGUUGUGAGCUCUCGCGGCGCCGAAAUCUUCCUGUUCUUGGCCUGCCGUUUGCCUCCAGAUCCUUUUGCGAGCUCCGGGCCCCGCUGCGGGCGGCAGUGCCGCGGACAGGCGCCUCUGCUCCUGUUUUUCUACUUCUGCGUCGAAACCCUGCGGGUACGCCCACGCGCGCGCCCACGAACCAAGCGGCAGUGACCCAAGCGGCGCGGCACGUCUGCAAACAAAGCCGCCUCUCCUGUCGUGAUCUGGCCUUGGAAGAUUUGAGCUGGGCACGGCAGCUCCUGCUGUUGCGGCGCACUAAAGCGUUGGUGGGCUCCCACGGCAGCGGUGUAGGGGCGGCGAUGCUUUGGCUGCCGAGCGCGGCGGCGGUCUUGGAGUUCAUGCCCCGGGGCUGCUGGUGGUGCGCCUUUGCCGUGGGAGCAGCUUUGCCCAACUGCACAUCGCGCAGAGCGCAGCUUACCUUGGUGAUCUCGACCACUGCGGACACGCCGCCGGCGAGUCCCCAUCGCCCACAUCCCUUGAUCGGAUGUGCCGAUGGCGAGGCGUCCACCUUUGGGCUGCGCCGAGAUCUGCGUCGCCACGUGGCACUGCGCGGGUUCCACGUACUACGGGCGGUCCUGAGAAGAGGCCCUCGCGCUGCUAGAGGCUUGCGUCAUGUGCAGCCCGCCUGCGCGGGCGCGGCGCUGCAGGUCUACGAGGGAAAAGCAGAAGCGCCGUGUUGCUCCGUGGGCGUCGCACGCGCGGGGGCUAUGGCGUGGAUGUGGGAGCCAGCGGCGGCGACUUACGCACUCCGAAGGCUCUCAGCAAGCGAUGCCCUGGACGCCCUGACGGAGAUGACGGACUUGCAGGUGGAGGUCAACGUCAUCCACGUGAGCUCAGUCAUUGCUGUUUGUAGCAAGGAGGCGGCGUGGCAGCAGGCCUCAGCGCUACUGCUGGGCCUCGGCGCUGCGAAGCUCAGGGCGGACGUGGUGGUCUUCAACUCGGCCCUCCGUGCACAGGCGUUGGCUGUUCGCUGGCAAGCAGCCCUGCAGCUGCUGCCGUGCAUGUUAGGACAGAUGAUGACGCCCAACAGCAAGUCAACGAGCAUAGCUUCCAGCGCGUGUGCUUCCGCUGCUUUGUGGCAGGAGAGCGUGGCUUUGGCGAAAGAUCCCGACAAGGACGUGGUGCCGGGGAACACGGCCAUCCACGCCUGCGGCCGGAGCUUUGCCUGGCACAAGGCGCUGCAAAUGUCCGAGGCCAUGAAGAUGGGCCUGGAGCUGGACCAGGUGGCGCAGGCCGCCGCCCUGAACGCCUGCGUGGCAUCCUCUUCGUGGCAACAAGCCGUGGCCAUGGGUGAAACCUUCGAGGAGAAAGCUGUACCGGACGUUGUGCUGCACAGCUCGUUGAUGACAGCCUAUGCGGAAGGGAUCUUGUGGCAAGAGUCCUUGCGUCUACUCCACGACAUGGCAGUCAAACGGUGUUCUCCAGACCAAUUCAGCUUCAGCAAUGUGAUUAGCACCUGCGAGUCGGCUGGCCAGUGGCAAUGGGCCCUUUGGGUCUUCGACUGCCUUCAGCAGGAGUUCCUGCCGAACGUCGUUGCCUACACUGCGGCCAUGACGGCCGCCAGAGACUGGCGCCAAGUACUGGACCUGCUCCGGAAGAUGCUGCAGCACGAGAGCCCCAAUGAGCGGACAUUGAUGGCGGCCAUGGAUGCCUGCGCCAAGGGCCGGCAGUGGUCCACUGCGCUGUGCCUUCUCGCUGGGUCAUGGCGAUGGAGGAUCAAAGUGUCGCAGGCAAGCUAUACAGUUGCCUUGGGCGCUUGCAGUGGAAACUGGCAGCGAGCCCUAUCCUUGGUUUAUGGCAUGCCAAUGCUGGCGCUGCCUCCCAAUGAGAUCACGCUUUCCGCUGCCACGGGGGCAUGCGAGAGGUCGAGCUGCUGGGCCCUGGCCGUGCGGCUGCUGAGCUCGGGCGCCCCUUGCCUCCUCCGCCUGGGCACCGCCAUCGGUGCCUGCGAGGAUGUGGCGCAGUGGCGCAUGGCCUUGGCUCUGCACUCGAGCCAGGUGGAAGUCGAGGGCGAAGACGAGCAGCGCGGCAAUGGCCGCAACGCGGCUUUGAGCGCCUGCGCGGCAGCGGGCAGGUGGCGCAGGGCCAUGUUGACUCUGGAACGUGUGUGUCCGACAACCAUCACCUUCAACUCGCUGCUCAACGCCUGCGAGAAAGGCGGUCAGUGGCUUCAGGCACUCAGGAUCAUGGGGCACAUGGGCUACAGACGCCACGCAAAAGCAGACAAGGGCAUCCAGGCGGCUGUGCUGAGCUGCACGCAGCUGCAGCAGUGGAAGCCUGCUGCAGAGCUGCUCGAACAGCUGGAGGCACCCGUAUUUCUUGCCGAUGGCUACGCCGCUGUGGCGUCGCUUGCCCGCAAAGGACCGUUGGAAGACAGCGUCAUGACCACAGGUUUGCACACCAUCCGAUGCCUGUUCUGUGUGGUGUGUCAGGAGCGGGUCGGCUGGAAGUACGAGGUGGCCUUUGAAGAAGAUCAGAAGUACAAGGAGGGCCGCUUCAUCCUGGAGGAGGAGUUGUUGUCCUCGAGCAUCGACUUCAGGCUGGCGGGCAAUGCCUUCUAA